AUGUUCCGCCGCAUAUCGGCUGUGCGAUUCUGUAGCUGUAAGCCAUCCACAGCAUAUGAUCGACUUGUUCUCUCUGGUACAAUAUCACGAGAUGAACGACAAGUAACUGCAUUACCCGUGUUUGAUCGCCUCUAUAAUGAUCUUGAGACCUAUCUUCGUAGUGAUGGAAGAUCUAAACCACGUAAAGUGGAAUUACGACCUCCCAAUCGUCUUGGUAUUGUUCCAUCAUUUUUUCUUCGUCGUGAACAAGAAGAAAAAGUAAAACGUGCAUUAGAGGAAAAUGAUAAUAAUGGUAACUCCGCCUAUCAUCCACUCUCUCGUGUAAAAGGUUUAUAUGUUUACGGAGGUGUGGGAUGUGGGAAAACAAUGUUGAUGGAUUUACUAUAUAAUAACGCACCCUCAGGUAUUAAGAAACAACGUGUACAUUUUCAUCAUUUUAUGUUAGAUGUACAACGGACAUCUCAUGAUAUACAAUAUUCCUCAAAGAAUAAAACAGAUCGAGAUGGUCAAUUACAGAAACGACGUACACCUGAAGCAUCUAUUGAUCUUUUUGAUGAAGUAGCCCAACGACUUAUUAGUGAUGUUGAAUUAUUAUGUUUUGAUGAAGUGGCCGUCUCUGAUGUCGCUCAUGCAAUGAUUAUGCGUCGUCUUUUUAAUGCCUUCUAUAAGAUUGGUCUUGUUGUGAUAUUCACUUCCAAUCGUCCACCAGAUGAUUUAUACCUUGGUGGACUUAAUCGUGAGAGUUUCCUUCCUUUUAUCGAAUUGGUAAAACGACAAUCUAUCGUGUAUAAUAUGCGUAGUGAAACCGAUCAUCGUCUUAGUGGAAGUGAUGCCCAGACAUAUCUUUCUCCUAUUAAUACAGAGAAUGAUAAAAAGUUUGCGGAUCUUUUUCUACAAGUUUGUAAAGGUAUGCCAACAGUGGAAAGGAAAUUACGUGUAUUUGGUCGUGAUAUUCGUAUUCCAGCAGCUUGUGGAGAUGUUUGUCGUUUUCAUUUUGCAGAUAUCUGCGGUGGUGCCAUGUCUAGUGCUGAUUAUGAAGUAAUUGCUAAAACCUUUCAUACUGUAUUUAUUGAAGGUGUACCACGUUUCACAUAUGAAAGUAGUGAUAUUAAAAAUCGUUUUCUUCUUUUAAUUGAUGCCCUUUAUGAGUAUCGCUGCAAGGUAGUAGUCUAUGCAGAGGUGGAAACAAUGUUAUUACAGGAGAGUAAAGAGGAAUAUGAGGCAGCACAUCAAACAUUAGAUGCAAGUGUGGCAGCCGCGUUAAGUACAGCUAAACUUACCGAAUAUGAACGGGAAACAGGGAAACGAUUGAUGGAUCAUACAGAUGCCUCUUUUCAAAUGGAACGGUGUAUCUCACGUCUUAUUGAGAUGCGAUCACGUGAGUAUCUUGAGAGUCCACACCGCCAUGAGGAAGUUACACUAAGUACGGAGUGA